UCACAAUCAUAUAUACCUCCUUUAUUUUAAUCAAACUUACAAUCUAAUUUAUAAACUUCUUUAUUUCUUAAAAAAUGAUGAAAACACAAGUUCUUUACUUAAUUAUUUCAUUGCUCGUUGCCGCUCAAGCGAUCCCAGUUCCUCAAGCAGAGGCAUUAGCUGAGGCAGUUGAACCUGAAGUUGAACCUGAAACCGAUUUAAUCGUUGAAGAAGAUUUGAAAAAACGUAGCGAUAAUGGUAAUGACAACGGUAAUGUUAAUGGUAAUGCCAACGGUCCCGGUGGCUGGAACGGAAAUUACAAUGGUAACCAGAAUGGUAAUUAUAAUGGUGGAUGGUACUCUUAUAACAAUGGUAACUCCAACGGUAAUCAAAAUGGUAACGAGAAUGGUGCUGGUGGUAACAAUGGUAAUGUUAAUGGAAAUGAAAAUGGAAACUACAAUGGUGGUUGGGUUUCUUAUUACAAUGGUAACAAUAAUGGUAACUCUAACGGUAAUGCCAAUGGUGCUGGUGGAAGCAAUGGUAACAGCAAUGGUAACUCUAAUGGUAAUUCUAAUGGUGGCUAUUGGGGCUAUUCAGGAUACAAUGGUAACAAUAAUGGUAACCAAAACGGUAACCAAAAUGGUGCUGGAGGUAACAACGGUAAUGGAAAUGGUAACAGCAAUGGUAAUGGUAAUUAGACUUGCUAACUUUCUAAGUGUAAUUUCCAUCAAAUAGUUCAAGGUUAUCCUUACCUAUUCAGCAAUUAAUGAUAUCUCUUAUUUUAAGGCCAGCUUAUUCUUUAUACCUUUUGCAUCCUUCUUGUUCCAAUUAUUUUAUUGGUAGAAAAUUUUACUUCAAAUAUUAAUUCUUGUUUUUGAAGUUGAAAUUUUUGAAUUAGUUCUUUG